UCCUGCAGCAUCGCUACUAUGGCGGAACACGAAGCAGGAAUUCCGUUCUAUGUGACUAUGACAGCACUGAUCAACGACGCCACCAGGCGAUGAACACCGUGGCUUCAGAGCCGAACUGUUGCCCGCUGACGAACGGCGACCUCAGUUGUUCAAACUUACCGUUGCCUUGAGAGUAAUUUCGCUCUUUUUUUGUAUUCCCGCUUUGGCGGAAGUGUUCAAGCUAAGGCGCUCACUCAGAUGUUUCGAGUUGGACUGGUGCCUUGUCUUUUUUUUCUAAAACAUUCGAAGUUAUAGAACUUUAUUGGCAACUUAUGGAUUCUUUGGACGAGCUGUCUCAUGGACUGGCCAACUUGUCCAUGUUUCCCUUCUUUGACGCGGCGCAUUACAUCGUGUCGGUCAUGGCUCUGAGGGAGCAGCCAGGAGCUCUGGAGGUCUCCCGCACGAGUCCGUUGGCCUGCUGGUUUAGCUCCAUGCUGUCCUGCUUCGGCGGCGCCGUGCUCUCCGGCAUCAUGCUGGCCGAACCACCCGUGGCGCCGCUGUCCAACGGCACCAGCAUCCUGCUCGCUUCGCUCCUCUGGUACCUUGUGUUCUACUGCCCUCUGGACCUGAUGUACAGCUCCACGGCACAGCCCCCUUUGCGCUUAGUUCUGUCCAUAAUGAAAGAAGUAACACGCACGUGGAAGGUGCUGGGCGGCGUCACACAAGCGCGCAAGAAGUACAAAGACGGACUGCUGGUCAUGAUCGCCAUCGGCUGUGCCAGAGGAGCUGGAGGAGGUCUGAUAAGUAAUUUUGAGCAGCUCGUCCGCGGCGUGUGGAAACCGGAAACCAACGAGCUCCUCAAAAUGUCUUAUUCCACCAAGGUGACCCUGAUUGGGGCGGUGCUGUUCGCUCUGCAGCAGACUCACUACCUGCCUCUCCACACGCACCAUCUGAUGCUCAUCUACACCACAUUCACUGUGGUCAACAAGGCGAGGAUGAUGCUGACGGGCUCGGCGACGUCGCCCUUCGCCCCCAUCGAAUCGGUCCUCCACAAAACUCUCUUCGCCGGCUUCUCCCCGUACGCCGCCCUCACCGCGCCGUCGACGAACAACGUCGCCAAGAGCGUGCCGGCCAAGAGCGUGCCGACCAAAAAGCGCCGACAGUCUCCAGCUAACGGGGCGAAUAAGGACCUCCAGACCAAAGACAAGUCAAAGAAGAACACCUGACAUAGCCUUUUUUUGUUGGGGAACAUGGUUGCCUUGGUGGAAUGUCAUUUCUUAAGCUAACUGCAAUCAAGCCUGCACCUUAUUUUGGAGGUACAGUCCUGUGAUGUUUUCAGCCCAAUGCACUCUUGCAGCAAAAUGUGUCUUAAUUUGAAUUAUAUUCUUUAUUUUAUUCUGAAAUUAAGCUUUAUCUCUAUCCGGGUUUGGGGAUCAAUGCUAAGCACCUGAAUGGCUUUUUCUGUGUGUAAAUACUGUGAUGCUUCCUGCAAAUGCUAUUUUUCCUACACUGAAAGCAGAUAUGAUCUUUUUUUAUUAUAACUAUAUUCUGUAUUGUGUUUAAUUUGUUUAAAAAAGAAUCAUUGCACUUUUGAAAACAAAGCUUUUUGAUGAAUAAAUGGUGAGCGAUCGUGUGGAAUUAAAUUGAAUUUCUGUUGAAA